ACUAAAACUCGAAUUUCCUCAUAAGAGUCACAAUGCCUUUCCCUCUUAUUAAACUCGUAUAUUUAUUUGUAAAACAAGUCAGUAAACCGCUGGCAACCAGGGUGACGGGAUAUAUGAAAGAAAAGCCUUUCAUUAGGAGCUAUAUUAUGAUUCCAUUAGCGCAAGCAUACCACAGAUCUGAAGCCAAUUUGAAGCUGAUGCUGCUGUACAACCAGAAAGGCCACAAAGUGAAAGUAAAUCCCCUGAGUGAGGAGGCGGCCGUGAAUCUAGCCUCAGACAUGAUGAAUGACAUUUUCAUAUUUACCAUUGCUUUUGUUGUGCUAUACCAGGAAUAUGUCAGAAGUGCCAAAAGCAGUGCAGCCGAGAAACUACAAAGAGAGAAUGAGAUCUUGAGUAUUAACAAUCAGUUGGAUGACUUGGUCCUGAUAACAGAGAGACAUGAUGCUCAGCUACGAGAGGCCGAGAGAGAGAGGCACCACCUUCUGACCUUGGUCAGUGACCUCCAGACAUGGUCCUCAUCCUGCACAAAGUUGAUUUCCGAGAAGCAGGAGUCUCACCUGAGAGAGGUAUUCCGGCGAAUCAAAAACCUACAAGCUAUCCAACUGACUGUGCACUCUAAAAACUCCAAAGUCAACCACAUAAACAUUGCUAUGGACAGGCAAGAUAAAUCCGAUUGAAAAGUCGCUUAGGUUUUGGUUUUUUUAAAUUUUGAAUAAUUCAUAAUCAAAGAUUUUCUUAUCCACAGGAUAUCUAGAAUUUUACUCUGAUACAUGUUUAUGAAGUCACUACAAAAUAUUUGUAUUACUGAUUAUGUGACUUUUGAAUGUCAAAAUGUAUUCUUGCUAUGCAGUACACGAUGAACAGUUUUCAAAACUUUGUGAUGUUGUUUUUAUAGCUUUAUUAGGGUAACUUAAUUAUAUGUUUGUUUAUAUAAAUAUACAUAUGUAUUAAUUGUGUGUGUCUGUGUAUGGAUUCGAUCUAUUUCUAUGUGGAAAGUUUCUUCAUCUAGUAGAUAUUAAUAUUAAAUGCUUCUAAGAGUGUCA